CACCUAGACCUUCUCCUGCCUUACAGAAUAUUCCCCAUGCCCGCCAUCGACCAUGCCGGGGUCUAUACUAUUGUGCGACACACCCAACUGACUAGGUACCUAGUGUUACCAGCCCACUAAGUCUCUUAUCGGUUUUAGUUGCCAGACUCCACAAGAGCUUGAGGACUGUCGAAAUAUCGCGAUAACAGUUGACCAAGACUCCAAUACCACACACAUUCUGCGGUUUUCCCCUCCUCUUCUGAUCACCACCAUCAACCAUUGUUGAUAGUAUAACUAUUUCUAUGAAGAAGUUCGUGUCAACUAUGGCAGCAGUUACUCGCCGGCAGUUUGCUCCGUUGAAACCCGGCGCCGCGGCCAACUCAAACGCACCUCGACUUAAGGGCAUUGUCUUCGACAUGGACGGGACGUUAUGUGAGCCCCAGACCUACAUGUUCGGCGAGAUGCGCCGGGCUCUCGGGAUUACCAAGUCCGUUGACAUCCUCGACCACGUCUACGCUCUUCCCACAAAGGAGGCCCAGGAAACGGCCAUGGAUUCCAUCCGCCAGAUAGAGCGCAAUGCUAUGGCUUCCCAGGUCGCCCAGCCGGGUCUGGCCGACCUCAUGUCCUACCUCGACCGCCGCAGCGUCCGUAAGGGCAUUUGCACACGCAAUUUUGACGCUCCAGUCGCCCACCUGCUCGGCAAGUUUCUUGAGGGCUCACUCUUCGAGCCCAUCAUUACCCGCGACUUCCGCCCACCCAAGCCCGAUCCAGCUGGCAUUUUGCACAUCGCUCGGAGUUGGGGUUUGGUCAAGCCAGCAGAGUCACAGAGGGGUCCUAGGGACGAGGCUGCGGAAGGGUCACAAGCAGUGCAGGGCGAUGCUAGUGAGUUGAUCAUGGUUGGAGACUCAAUCGACGACAUGACCGCUGGCCGCAGGGCUGGUGCGGCCACGGUGCUACUCGCCAACGAUGUCAAUGCGCACUUGAUUGAUCAUGAACAUACUGACUUGGUGAUUCGCCGGCUGGAUGAGCUGAUUCCCAUCCUCGAGGAGGGAUUUAGCGGUAGGGAGUUGACGCCUUCAACAUGAACGGAGCCAAGCGUUGACUGCAGGUUUGCUGGUACAAACAAGCUUGGCUGUUUGUUCACCUAAUGACACGUUCUUGGCCGAGAGAGAAUUUACGGGGUGAUAAGUGCAUAGCAGAUUG